UUUUAGUUUCUCACUGAUCGUAGAGGCAGUCACACGAUGAGGAGUGCGUACCCUGGUAUGCUUGCCGUGCUGGGAGCAGUCCUGGUGAUCCUAUCAGUCGAUGGGGUAACGGCUCAAGACCCGGAUAUAGUAAAAACCUGUACGGAUUAUAAGAAGAAGGUUUGGGAGGAGACAUCUGAGUUCAGCUUCCUGAUGGAGGGUGCUCCGAUUAUCUACAAGACCCUGGACAAAUGCAAGAGCUAUGCACCCCUUAUAAUCGGAGGAAGUCCUGCCUUGCCCAAGGAGUUUCCCCACGCUGCUCGCCUAGGAAAUCGAAACGAUGAUGAUGGCGAGCUGUCAUGGUUUUGUGGAGGAACACUUAUCAGCACACAUCAUGUGCUAACCGCAGCGCACUGUCAUUUCUCGCCCAUAGGUUCAGUGAAUAUCGUGCGGCUUGGGGAACUGGAGUUUGACACCAGCAGCGACGAUGCCGAACCUGAGGACUUUACGGUGAAGGACCACACUAUUCACCCCGACUUUCACUACCCGGUCCUUUACAACGACAUAUCCGUGGUGCGUUUGGAUAGAAAAGUGUCCUUCAACGAGUACAAGCAUCCUGCGUGCCUUCCCUUCGCCGACGGUGGAUCGGACUCCUCCUUUAUCGCCAUCGGCUGGGGUCAAUUGGAGAUCGUUCCUCGCACCGAGAACAAGAAGCUGCAGAAGGUGAAGCUCUUCAACUACCGCACUCGGUGCAGCACUACGACGGAAAGUAAUGAUGAGCUUCCCGAGGGCUAUAACCGGACCACACAACUUUGUGUCGGAUCUAGCCAGCACAAGGACACCUGCAACGGCGACUCCGGUGGACCGGUGCUGAUCUAUCAUCAUUCCUUCCCGUGCAUGUACCAUGUAAUGGGUAUCACAUCCGUUAGCACGUCCUGCGACACCCCAGACCUGCCUGGCUUGUACACAAGGGUGCACUUCUACCUGGACUGGAUUAAACAGGAGAUUUCCAAGAUUUAGUAAAUCUGAACUACAUAAGAAAAGUGGAAACUAAAUUCCAAAUCGAAACCAUAGUCAAUAUCGUAGGUAAAGUUUUUAAAGAAAUUUUUUAAAUUUGCUUUACUUAAAAAUGGACUUACAUAAUGCAAAAUAAAUAUUCUAUUCCUUUCAAGAUUGUAACUGAACCAGACUAAAUUUAAACGAAUUGAAUGUAAUAAAGAUGUAAGGAAGCUUACACCUGAUAUGAUAA